UGUCACUAUAUUAGCGUUUUGUAUGACAUGUCAGUCAAGUGAAGAAAGAAAGAAAAAAGAAAUGCAUAAUUGCGAGUGAAUUUGUUUUGUGCACGUUUAAAUGAUUUAGGAUCGUGAAAUUUGUGGUAUCUGCUAUAGUAAGAAACUUAUAGCAUCUGUUUAAAUUAUCCGACAACAAGAUUUUGUAGGUACUAAACAUGGGUGAUGGACAAAGCGAAAAUCAACCCUUGUUGAGAGAUGAGGAAGUGAACGUAAGCACGAUAUCGCCGAUUGGUCCUGAUGAGCUGCCACCGCCGUAUCAGCAGGCUGGGUUGCCCAUGGUAACAUGUCGCGUGUGCCAGGCUAUGAUUGAUAUCUCUGGAAAGAGAGAGCAGCAUGUUGUAAAAUGUUCUGAAUGCAAUGAAGCCACACCUAUAAGGAAUGCUCCACCAGGGAAGAAAUAUGUGCGUUGCCCUUGCAAUUGUCUGCUCAUCUGCAAGUCAUCAUCCCAGCGCAUUGCCUGCCCUAGAGCUAACUGCAAAAGGAUCAUCAAUUUAGCACCAUCCCCUGUUACACCCCCAAUACCUAUAUUACCAGGCAUGUGUAGAGUUAUUUGUGGACACUGCCAGGAUACAUUUUUGUAUCAGUUACUGAAGAACGCGCCGGUGCGAUGCCCGCACUGUCGGAAAGUGUCGUCUGUGGGUCACCGUAUGGCUCGUGUCCGUGGAACGGUAUUCGCUGUACUCUCAUUCAUAUUCUUGGCCAUCGCACUCGGCGUCACUCUUGGUACGCUGUCUGCAGCUAAGGAUCACGGCAGUGGAGUCUACAUUGCUUAUGUGGGAGCAUUCUUAGUUGCAUUUCUACUGGGUAGUCGUGCUGUCUACUAUUUUGCCAUGAAAGUAAGCACAAUCGAAGGCCCCAUGUAAGUUCAGGUACCGUAUAUUGUUAUUGUGAUAAAAUUUUUAUGACUAGGGUAUAUUACUAAUAAAUAUCUCAAUUCCAUAUGUAUAGAAUUAUAAUACAUAUUUGGUUUUGUACCAAAUAUCUAGAAUAAUAUAGGUAGUUGCAUUAUUUUCUUGCAAAAUGUAUGCGUCUGACUAUUUUACUGCUAUUAUUAGACUCCAUUUCAUCUGAAAUGUAACGAAUUGUAUUUUAUACUUAGUAAAUUUCUAAAACCUAUCAAGAAAAAAAAGUCUAUAAGAUAUGCAUAUUAUAAUGACAAUUUCGUUAUCAUAUACUAUGUCAAGUUGAAACAUCUGUGCCGGACUCAAUAUAAAAUUCCAAUAGCUCAAUAGUAUCAUGGAUCUGUAAAUUUUUAUGAAGCGAGGUUUAAACUAGGACUAAAACUUGUAGUAUAUGCAGACAACAAAAUAUUAUAUUAUUUAUAAAUCCUUCAAAAAUAUAUUAUUUUGCUUAAAUAUAUACAAGUUUUAUUGGAAACAUGCACAUGUGUGUUGUUAGCUUUGAUGUCUUAGCUACGUAUAGUAAAUUGACAAUGUUUAUGCUAUUGAAUAAAAAGCUUAAAUAUGUAAUCGAAUGCAGUUAAUCACAUUAAUCAAAAUAAUUAUCAAUGUUGCCAUUUUUUCAAUGGGCUGUUGUAAAAUAUCCAAAUUAUUUUUUGUAAAUUAGUCUAUUUGUAUUACAUUGUAACGCAUGCCUUAAUCCGGAAUAUCUGUAUUGAACUAAGUAAAUUUUGCGAUGAUUACAUAAAAUCCUCAUAUACGAAUUUUAAUACUUAGUCAAAGUAACCAAAUAUUAACAUUAUAAAAUGUCUUAAAAAAUAGAACUGUUCUGUUCCUCCAUUCCGAAUAUCAUAACAUACAUUUUCUAUAAAUAAAAUAGUGUUUUUCUUUGCACAAAGAGCUGCCGUGUAAGUUAUAAAAUCAAUAAGUAAUUAAUAAAUAACUUUUGUUCGUGUGGACUCAGUGGCUGUAGGGCUAAUUUCAUUUCAUGUUAUUGGAAAUUUUAAUAAAUAAAAUCUGCCCCACUUGAAACUACCUACAACUUGAUCUUCACGUAAAAUCGCCAGGCCACCUAAUAGAGGUUAAUAGGGUGGAUCUCCGAGCGUUUCGAACGCUGCGGCCGCGCGUCAUGUUAUUUUUCAAAUUUUAACAAAGACAAGAAUCAGUUUUACUAUCUUAAUUUAAAAUCAUUAAUGUGUAUUGUGAUUAAUGUCAAUUCUAAUGAUUGAUUUUGGAAAUGAUUGCUUCCUCAAGAAAAUUAACGGAUAAUAAUGACGGCGAGGCCGCAGCGGUCGGAACGCUCGGAGAUCCACCCAAUAGAUUUAUGAUAUCAGAGAUUCCGAAUAUUAAACCGGUUUCUUAUGUAAAUGUGUUAGGUAGAUUAAUUUUACCAAAAACCAAAAGCGAGUUUUUACAAGCAUAUAUUAACAACGCCGCCUGGUGGCUAACAGCCGGAGUCACACAGGCUUAUAUAUCGGCUCACUUCGAUCCCACAGAACCCUUCGUCAAAUUGACGUUUGCUAACAAAACUGGCACGAAGGCCUCGUGCUUUUUAAAUAAUCUUAUGUUAGAUGAUAAACUUACUUAUGUUUUUAACAUUUGAAAUUGGUUUCUCGAAUUAGUAUAUUGAAUUUUCAUUUAUUCUUGAGACCCAUGUUUAUUAUUAAUACUUAAAAUAUCAGUACCAUAAAUCCCAGACAGACAGAUCUCUAUAUAAUUUUAUCUAUACAAAUAUAGAAGAUGCUUUCAGCUGAAGCAAUACAAUGUCAUGUGCCUAAAUCAAUAUACUCUAUUAUGUGUUAAUGGACUAGUCUGUUAUAAGUUUUCGUUUAUCAGCUUUAUCCCAUUAAGUAUCAUUAAAAUUGCCUAGUUUUUGUUUUUUUUUUUAGUGCGAUAAAAAGCAUAGUUUAGAAAUAUAGAUACGAAAUUAAAUACUUAUAAAAUGUAAUAUUAAUGUUGUAUUUUUUUAUAAUGUUACACCUAUUUUAAUUUUAGCAACUUUUAGUUAACAUAAACAUAACUGUUGCAACUAACAGUUCAGAGAAAAUAGGAAAAAAAAGUUGUAUAAUGCGGGACCAUCUUGACAUGACCCGAUAGUUGUGAUUGCGACUUACAAGGUAUUUCCGAAGCGUCUAUAUUAUUUUCUAUUUGGGAAUUCAUACAUUCUCAGAAGACAGAUUUCAUUCAUACAGGAAGGGUUGCAACUUAACCAUAGAGCUCAAGCAGCUUCAAAAUUAGCUCGAGCUAAUUUUUGGUUAAAGUACUGACAUACUGAUAGAUUUUUAUGAUUUUACUGCAUACAACUACACAUAACAUUAUUAUCUUUAGUAUGUAUCAUUUAUAAAAUUAUAGAUAUGAUAGGAAGAGUCGAGUCGUAAAUAGGAAAACGUCGCCCAAUGGAAAUUACAUUUUAUUUGUUUUAGAUGUGAUAAUUUUAUUUUGUAAAUUUAUCUAUAUAAUGUUUAGAACAUUCUGUGAAACUAAGACUUGAAAAUAUGUAGAACAUUCUAUGCAGUAUGUAAAAUUAUUAGUAGAUAUCAUGUAAUUAUAAUAUUUUCGUAAAAUAGUAGGCUUUACACAUGUAUUUUUAGUUUUUAAGUUGAAUAAAAUGGUAUCUAUUGAACA